AGAAUACUAUAACCUUGUCCAGUACAACUCACAAGCGGUUCGCCACUCUCUCUAUUCUCGCCGAGACUCUCAUCUUCACCUUCAUCAAAAUCAUCCCAAGGUACGCAAUCUCUCUAUCUCCCCGAUAAUUAAGCAUGACAGCUACUUCUACUUUACACUUCCUUUCUCGUCUCCGUUUCAUCGCAAAACCCCAACCUUUUCCUCUCCAAUCACCACUCUCAACCCCUCUCCAUUUCUGCCUCACCUCCAAAACCAAGCAACCGACUCGGUUUCGUUUUUUCUCAAUGGCUGCUGCUGAGCCGAAGGAAUCGCCGGCUAACAACCCCGGUCUCCAUGCAACUAUAGAUGAAGCUACUAAGGGCUACUUUAUGCAACAAACUAUGUAUAGAAUCAAAGACCCCAAAGUUAGCCUUGAUUUUUACUCCCGCAUUUUGGGCAUGUCUUUGCUCAAGAGACUGGAUUUUCCCGAGUUGAAGUUCAGCUUGUACUUUAUGGGGUAUGAGGAUACAUCAGAAGCUCCAACUAACCCUGUUGAUAGAACAGUUUGGACCUUUGCUCAAAAGGCUACAAUUGAAUUGACACAUAAUUGGGGCACUGAAAGUGAUCCAGAGUUCAAAGGGCACCACAAUGGCAAUUCCGAUCCUCGUGGUUUUGGACAUAUUGGCAUAACUGUUGAUGACACCUACAAAGCAUGUGAAAGAUUUCAGAAUCUGGGGGUUGAGUUUGUUAAGAAACCAGAUGAUGGAAAAAUGAAAGGGAUAGCAUUUAUUAAGGAUCCCGAUGGAUACUGGAUUGAAAUCUUUGACCGGAAAACAAUAGGAAAUGUAACAGAAGCUGCUGCUGCUUAAGAUAAAAUCUUCAGGUAGAAACCGUGGUUUCUAAUUCCGUUGUCUUAUUUACUUAUUCACGUUUUUCGUCCUAAAAGUAAUGAUGUCCCUACUUCAUAUUCUCUGAUGAUAUAAAGAACCACGUUACCUGCAUGUGAAAAUUUGUUUCAUUGUUCUGAAUUAUGUAUAACCAUGUGAAAUCGCUUUCUCCAAAUUAGUUUGCUAUAAUGCAUAUUUGUAGCUCAGAAACAAAUCACGUGAUUUUGUAUGGCGACUUUUAGCUACAUGCAUAUCUAGCUCAAACAAGUAAACAUGAUUUUGUAUGGUGACUUUUA